GGGGAAAGUGUAACGAUUCUCGUGAGAAUUCAUGUGAAACUCGGUUUAAUUGCGAGUGCAUAACGUCUAGUGCAGAUUCAGUUUGUCUAGUGAGAUGAUGUACAACUGAAAAAAAAAUUUACUGUGGUAUUUUCAUUAAAAUUGUGUCCAUAAAAAAUAAUAUUCGAUAAGACAAUCGUUAAUUCGUCUUGUGAUCGAGUUGACAUCUAGAUCUGAAGUGUAGAAUAUUUCGAUAAAUACGGAGAAAAAAUAAUUUUCACCUGCAAUGAUAGACUCACGGUUUCCACUGGCAACUGGAGAUGAAGAAUCAGAUGGAUAAAGCUGGAGGCUUUCUAGGAAGAGGAGUUUAUCUUAUUUUCCUGGGGUUAUCGAGUCUCCUGGAUGAUGGCCACAGCCUGGAUCUCACCAUUGACAAUCGCCUCUUCGUCGUUCCCCCUGAUUGCUACGCUAGGGUAUCUAUUGGCUCUCGUCUCGCUGAUUCAUUAGUUAUUUCGACGAGUCAGGUAAAUACUGCUGGAGAUUGCGAAGCCGCUUGUUCGGCCAACGGCACUUCCUGCAGUUCAUUCAGUUUCGGAAUUGGAAACAGAGGGAAUGGAACUUGCGUAUUGGGAUCUCGAGCUCCUGAUGGUCGAUUGGACCUUCAGCGAGAUCCUAAUUACGACGUGUACGUCAAAGGAAAAAUUUCCUUGAGGGGAUGCCAAGCGAGGACUGGUACGUCCUUCGUAAUCCCGAGUACACCAGGCCCACCUCCAGGAAAUCAGAAUGGUGGAGACCCUGGGCCUCUCAGCAUCAACGCAGACAGAUCUCAGAGAUUAUUCGGCAACAGCAGUCUCCUCUCAACUUUCGGGAACUCUAUCUUCAAUCGAAACAGGAAUAAUCGAAGUGGAAUAAUCAGGAAUCCCUUCGAUUUCACCAGUGAUGAUCGACUCAGAAUUUCUGACAUUCUCCAGAACAAAAAGGGCCGCAGGACCCAAGACUACGAGAAAUCAGGGGAUGAAAAGAGUCACUUCCAGUGGAAGUUCCCCGAUGACAGCUGGAGUCCUGAUAGCGCCUUCGGGUGGCACCAGGUCGUUCAGCCUUUCAAUCCCUUUCCAAUUCCUUCUAAAAAUCACUUCGAACAUCCUGAUUACAGUAAUUAUGGGGAGCUCAGUGGUAAUCAUGAUUUUUUGGGGAUCGAGGGAGAAAGCCUCGGGGACACCUUCGGGAGGAGACUGAACCCGAAGAUUUAUGGAGGUCCCCAGGUGUCCACGCUUUUAAAAAAAGAUAAACCUGAAGCCGGUGGUGAUGAUUAUGUCUCUGCGUUUGAUGACACCUUUGGCUUCGGCCAGAGGCUGACGCAAUCAGACAGGGCUAAUGAUUUUUUAAUUUACCCAAGUUAA